AUUAAGGAAUUUGUGACUUCGUGUGUAUUGGUGUGUAUAUACGUACAUUCAGCAAAACAAUUAAGGCAAUUAUUGUUUUGCAGUAUUUGACACAUGAAGCAAAUUCGUCGAAACACAAGCUAAUAACCAAACACAUUAGACUGCUGCUUGCAUCAGCAAUUGCAAAAAUAAUUGCUCGAAUUCACGUAAUGGAAAUUGAAGAUAUUGAUGACUUACGAGAUUUUGUGACGAUUUACAAGAAAGAUUAUCUUGGAAAGACAAGUAAAAGAACGACAAAGCGCAAAUUAUUAGCAAAAUAUUUGCCAUCCUUGAACAUCUUGAAUAGACCGUACAAACAAUAUUUGCACACACGACUGGAAAAUCGGUUACUAUCUGAGAACGAACGAAGCGAAGAUCCAGUCGACAAUUUAAACAGAAUACGAGACAAAUUUCCCCACUUAAGAAAUGCUUUACCGGAAAUCGUGCCAAAUGAGAUCGUGAUAAAAAACAACAAGGAGAAAUCAAUGAAGACUAUAUAUCAACAGGAUUAUUCAAAGGAAUUUCGUAAAGAUCAUCGUCGCAGGGAAAUAACAUUGCCGCAAAACUGGAUUAUACCCGAAACAAUUCAAAAACGUGCAUAUCGAAAUCCAUGGAUAAUCGCAACGAAAGAAUUAAUAAAACCAUCAAAAAUUUUUAAAUCCCGAAAUAAUUUGGAUCCUAAUCCGAAAGAAAGAGAAAUUCUUCGAGUGACAACCGGAAAUUCCGAAUAUACGGGCACAAUCGGGAUUGCAGGAGAAAACAUCAUGUUACGAAGCCGGCCAUCAAAUACGAGAAAUCACGCAUCUGGGUUGUAAAAUUCAAACAUGAAAU